AUGUCCACGGAUUCACCUGUCCCGGGUGUACCAAAAGAAGAUGGAACGCCGCUCUCUGUCAAAGAUACUCCCACCACUCGACGUGCUUCUGGUGCUAGACGGUCGCGUCGGAAGAAGGAUGAAGAGGCUACACCCAGCAAGCCCAUCGAGACUCCAAAACCGAAGAAGGAGCCAAAAGAACCAAAGGAACCAAAGGAACCAAAGGAGCCUAAGGAGCCUAAGGAGAAACCAGCUCGAGUACCUCGUCGACCAAGAGAAAAAUCCAACGCCACGCCCGCGUCUCGGAAGAAGCCCAAGCUGGAGCAAACAGUAGAAGCCACACCCGUGGCCGCGGCCGCGGCACCUGCUGCUACACCACCAUACCCUCCACGACCGCAAUCACAACCACCGCCUCCAAGUCAAGCUCCUCCCCGAACCAGUGGCCAAAACUUCGAUCCCAUCCGAUCAGUUGUUGAUAAUCCGUCCCCCGCUCCGGCCUAUAGUCCGACACAGGCUAGAUCACCACAAACUCUUAACUACCGUGCUAGCGCAUCGCCUGCCAUAUCCAGCAUCAUUGAUCCUGCCCCGCAAAAUACACGCUACACCCCCCUGCCGCGAUCAUCCUCCGCUCAUGUCUCAGCUGUGUCCUCUCCAGUGCCAACACCGAAUGUGUCCCUAGCACCCUCUGCGAUCUCCAUGUCCUCGCCGUCGCAUGGAGCUGUUCACGUGCCGGCGCCGUUACAAUCAUCCAGUCAUUACAGUACACCAUACCCACCAGCUGAACAACGACCGAUUCAGUCCCAACCUCCCCAGUUGGAGCUGUCACCUCCAGCCUUUCAACCACAUCUGGCGCAACCGCAACCGCAGUCGCAAGUUCAGACUCAACUAUCGUUCCAGCCCCAGUCCCACCCGGCAAUACCAGCCCGAAUAUCCACACCGCAGCGCCCAGCUCAAUCAAGUGACGCGAUGGAUAUUGAUCCCAAGGAGCCUAAGGAGACAAAGGAGAGAAAGGAGCCUCCUGCUUCAUCCAAGAAGGAGAAGAAUACUGCCACAGCCCCAUCCUCGAAAGCGCCAUCGCCUAAACCUGCGCGCGCGGCCAAGGAAACUCCCCAGCUUCCUCAAGGAUCUGGAUUAAUCACCAAUGCACUCUUCGGUAUGGGCGGCGACGACUCAUCCAAGUCAUCUGAUGCGCCCAGUACCCCGAAUAUCAUCGUCCACAUCCCUCUGAACAAGGGCAAUCAUAUCGUGAAUUUCGCGCAACUGGCUGAAGAGCAGUAUGGAUUCGCUGCUCUGCAUCCCCGAUUAGCAGCUCACAAGGAACGUCUUGCGCGUGUGGCAGCUGCUGGAGCGGCGCUGGAAGGAAAUGAUAAGCCUGUCACUGAAAGCGCCGAGGAAGAUUUGAGCCUGGACGCGGAACGGGAUAGUGAUAUGGAUGGAGAUGUGGCCAUGGGAGGUGCGGGACCUGCAACGAACGGUGUUGCGUCGGAAGCGAGUGAUGGAAAGAAGAAAAGACGCAAGAAGGUGGAGGAAUACGACCGAGAUGAUCCUUUCGUUGAUGAUACUGAGAUGGCCUGGCAAGAACAAGCUGCUGCGAGUAAAGAUGGUUUCUUCGUUUAUAGUGGCCCGUUAGUGCCGGAAGGCGAGAAGGUCCAGGUUGAACGUGCUGAUGGAACUAUCAAACGUGGUCGUGGUCGUGGCCGUGGCACAGGUCGUGCUCGUUCAUUAGCUUCACAUCCCCAUGUCCCCAUCGCCGCAGCUGUUCCCAUCUCCCAAGAUACAGGUCUUCCACUCCGUGGACCUGGUUCUAGAGGUGGAACAUCUCGUCGAGGCCGAACAACCAAGAAAACAGAACAAUCAACCCCCGAACGAAGCGGCCAUACCGCCUCUUCAGAGAACCGUGGUGCUCGUGGAGGUCAUACUGGGUCCUCUGGUCGUGGUGGUAACAGUGCUAGUACGCGUGGUGGGAAGUCAGGUUCAUCAAUGAUGCAUAUGAUGGAUCUUGCGCCUGCUCCUUCAACUCCUACGCCCAAUAUCGCUCCUGCCCCUGGCCCUAGUCCAUUAGCUAAACCGGAACUCGUGAUGAAAUAG